AUGAAGUAUCCAAAGCUUUCCCUGAACAUUCUUGAUCCUAUCAGGAUUAGGUUCAACAGGGAUUAUCGAAAAGAUUCAGUUCCCGGCGCUCUUGGUGGUACUCUUUUAAAAACAACGCCCAGGUCUCUGCAUGGGACCGCAUUCUCAUCCAUCAAUUCAGGUGGUGCUUCCCAUUUUAACCUAGAGACUACGGGGGCUCCAAGCUCUACCCCACCGUUAUGCGCUAACUCUUCGGCAAACUUCUGCGCCAUCAUAUACUCUUUAUAUCUAUCGUGUGCCUCGUUUCUCAUCCAAACGAACGACUUGACCGGUGGAGACAUCCUGACCUUUGUUGAUAUCGAGAGAAUUGUCUUGAUAUAUUUAUCCAACUGCAGUCGUAAAUGGUCAGGGCAGUCCUCCGAUGCUUGA